GGAUCUCCCUUUUUUUUUUCUCUUUUCUUUCUUUUCUUAAUUUAUAUAUCAAUUUCAUUUACCUAUUCAUCAUGAAUCAACAACAACCUUAUUAUAACAAUCCUCCUCCACCUCAACAAGCAUAUUAUGGACAACAACCACAACAAGGUUAUUAUCAACCACCUCCUCCACCAACCACUGUAUAUGCUCAACCUCCUCCUCAACAACAAAGUAAUACUGGAUGUUUAACUUGUUUACUUGGCUGCUUGGCUUGUGAAAUGUGUUGUUGUGCUACCGAAGAAUGCUGUGAAUUAUGCUGUUAGUCAACAAAAAAGAAAAAAAAAAGGUAUUUAGAUGAAUCUUCUCUCUCCUCCUUUCAUACAACAUAUGCAUUUUGUCAUUCUUUGAUUAUAUCUUAUUAUACAUAUUGUACUUUAUUAUUAUAUUAUAUUAUACGGAAAUAAACGUUUUUUAUUGAUCUAUUGGUGA